GUUUUUAUUUUUACUCCUUGGCCAAUUUAAAAAAGAAUUGGGUUUACAAAAAAAUUGUAAUUUCAAUUUUCCCGUAAACUUUUCCAUUAUUAAUUCUCAGAACAAAUACAUCUUUUAUUAAAUUACAGAGUCAGUUUAUUACAAUAAUAUUGUUUAAUGUUUUCGUAUGGUUUGAGUUGAAAAGGUAUAUCGAGUUUUAAUAUUCUUCGUGUUCAUCAUUAUCCUGUAAAAUGUCGAAGAAAAAGAUUGAAGAUUUGGAUUUAUAUGGAAUACUUGACAUCCAAAUAACAGCUACUGAAGUAGAGAUAAAAAAAGCAUACAGGAAAAAAGCUCUACAAUGCCAUCCAGAUAAAAAUCCUGAUGAUCCAAAAGCUGCAGAGACUUUUCAUGAACUAUCCAAUGCUCUCGAGAUAUUAACAGACACUGCGGCCAGAGCAGCUUAUGAUAAAGUAUUAAGAGCAAAAGCUGCUGCAAAAUUGCGACACCAGGAAUUAGACAGUAAGAGACAAAAGCUUAAAGAAGAUUUAGAAAGGAGGGAACGUGAAGCUGGUUCAAAUGUAAAUUUAACUGAUGAACAGAAGCUUGCUGCAGAAAUUGCAAGAUUACAGAAAGAAGGUAGUCGACUUUUACAAGAAGAACAACAAAGAGUAAAAGAAGAAAUUCAAAGAACCAAAAAAAGGCUCAAUGAACCAGUGUGGGAUUCAAGUUUAAAUAGGUUAAAAAUCAGUUGGAAAGCAGAUAAAAAUGACGAAAGUAAUGGUGGAUAUGAUGAAUCAAAGUUAAGAAGGUUCCUUAAGAAAUAUGGCGAAAUAGUUGCAUUGAUUAUGUCAUCCAAGAAAAAAGGCAGUGCCUUAGUAGAGUUUGCUACAAAGGAGGCGUCAGAAAUGGCCUUGGAAUUAGAAAAGGGUCUUCCAGAAAAUCCUCUGAAAUUAAAGUGGGUUAAUGAACGACCAAUAUUAACAACUAAGAAAGACAUACCAGUUGUAAGUUCAGUAGUUACAGACAGAGACUAUGAAUCAUUAGUGUUAACAAAAAUGCGACAAGCAGCAGAAAGGCAAAGAUUAAUUGAAGAAAUGUUGAAGGAAGAACAAGAAAAAUUAUGAAUGAAUAAAUACUAUAAAAAUCUUA